AUGUCUGUCUCUGUACAAGAGCUGGACAGCACAGUCCGUGCCUUCUUUGAAGGCAAGGGCGAUGUUCAAAAACAAGCCCAACAGACUCUCACUGAAUUCAAGCAAAAUCCCGAUGCUUGGGUCACCGUGGGCAACAUUCUACAGGAAGCGUCCUACCCCCAGACCAAAUAUAUCGCUCUCCAAGUUCUCGACGAUGUGAUUAUGACCCGAUGGAAGGUCCUGCCGAGAGAGCAGUGUCAAGGCAUUCGAAACUUCAUUGUCAACUUUAUCAUCGAAAACUCUGGCUCCGAGGAAAAGCUCAGGACCGAACGCGCUUUCGUGAACAAACUCAACCUCGUCCUGGUGUCGAUCCUGAAGCAGGAAUGGCCGCACAACUGGCCGACUUUCAUCAAUGAAAUCAUUUCUUCUUGCCAUUCCAGCCUCUCCAUCUGUGAAAACAACAUGGCUAUUCUGCGCCUGUUGUCCGAGGAAGUUUUUGAUUUCUCACAAGACCAGAUGACGUCGAUCAAGGCCAGAAACCUGAAGACCUCCAUGACACAGGAGUUUGCUUCCAUCUUCCAACUUUGCUCUGAAGUCCUUUCUACCGCUAACCAGCCAAGUCUGGUCAAGGCGACGCUGGAAACCCUUUUGCGCUUCUUGAACUGGAUUCCCCUCGGCUACAUCUUCGAAACCUCCAUUAUCAACACCCUAUUGACUCGAUUCCUGGGCACCCCCGAGUUCCGAAACGUCACCCUCAAGUGCCUUACCGAAAUUGGCGGCUUGCAAAUUGGCGCUCCGUAUAACUAUGACGAUAGACUAGUUCACAUGUUCACUGAGACUCUGACGACCGUCGCCACCGUGAUCCCCCUCUCUAUGGAUUUGAAAGAAACAUAUGCGCAGAGCAACGGCAGAGAUCAGGAGUUUGUCUCGAAUUUGGCCCUCUUCCUGUCCAGUUUCUUCAGUGCCCACCUUGACCUGAUUGAGAAGCUACCCAACCAAGACUAUCUCACUCAUGCCCAUUUCUAUUUGAUCCGUGUCAGUCAGAUUGACGAUCGAGAAGUGUUCAAGAUUUGCUUGGAUUAUUGGACUCGAUUGGUGCAAGAACUUUACGAAGAAAUGCAACAACUCCCAAUUACUGACAUCAACCCCCUUGUGACAAUGGGUGUAAGUGGGCUCGCAAACGGAGGUGCGCCUCACCCUAGUACCCUCGCCAACUACCCUCUCCGAAAACACAAAUACGAAACCGUUCUUUCGAACCUUCGCACGGUCAUGAUUGAGAAGAUGGUCCGCCCGGAGGAGGUAUUGAUCGUCGAGAAUGACGAGGGAGAGAUUGUACGUGAAUUCGUCAAGGAGAGUGACACGAUCCAGCUCUACAAGACCAUCCGAGAGUGCUUGGUCUACCUCACGCAUUUAGAUGUCGUUGACACCGAGACCAUUAUGAUCGACAAACUGGCGAAGCAAGUCAGCGGCGACGAAUGGUCCUGGGUGAACUGUAAUACCCUUUGUUGGGCAAUUGGUUCAAUUUCUGGCGCCAUGAACGAGGAAACAGAGAAGCGAUUCCUGGUGACAGUCAUUAAGGACCUCCUAGGUCUGACCGAACAAAAACGUGGCAAGGACAACAAAGCCGUGGUGGCAAGUAAUAUUAUGUACAUUGUGGGCCAAUACCCCCGGUUCUUAAAGGCCCACUGGAAGUUCCUGAAGACUGUCGUGAACAAGCUGUUUGAGUUCAUGCACGAAACACACGAGGGUGUUCAGGACAUGGCUUGUGACACAUUCAUCAAGAUCGCUAACAAGUGCCGACGCCACUUUGUGGCUCUCCAACCUGGAGAGAACGAGCCUUUCAUUGAGGAGAUCGUCCGAAACAUGAGAAAGAUCACCAUGGACCUUUCUCCCCAGCAAAUUCACACAUUCUACGAAGCAUGUGGCUACAUGAUCUCUGCACAGGGCCAAAAGAGUCUUCAGGAUCGUUUGACUGAAAGCCUCAUGGCCUUGCCCAAUUCAGCCUGGGACCAAAUUAUUGCGGAGGCCAAUCAGAACGCAGCGAUUCUUCAAGAUGCCAACACUAUCAAGAUCAUUGGCAAUAUUAUGAAAACCAACGUUGCAGCUUGCUCAUCUAUCGGGACUUACUUCUAUUCCCAGAUUGGACGCAUCUUCCAUGAUAUGUUGAAUAUGUAUCGCGCUUCCAGUCAAUUGAUCAACGACGCUGUUGCCAGCGACGGACAAAUCGCCCCCAAGACACCCAAAGUUCGCGGUCUUCGCACCAUCAAGAAGGAAAUCUUGAAACUUAUUGAUACCUACGUCGAGAAGUCGGAUGAUCUCGAAAUGGUCAAUGCAAACAUGGUGCCUCCCCUUCUGGAAGCAGUCCUCAUUGAUUAUCACCGCAAUGUGCCAGAUGCACGUGAAGCAGAAGUCUUGAACGUCAUGACAACCAUUAUUCACAAGCUCCACAAUCUGAUGGAAGACAAGAUCCCUGCCAUCAUGGACAGUGUGUUUACCUGCACAUUAGAAAUGAUCAACAAGGACUUCCACGAGUAUCCCGAGCACCGUGUUCAGUUCUUCAAGUUACUCCAGGCUAUCAACCUGUACUGUUUCCAGGCAUUACUGAAGCUCGAUGGCGCUCAGUUCAAGUUUGUCAUUGAUUCCUGCAUGUGGGCAUCAAAGCAUGACAACAGAGAGGUCGAGAACACGGGUCUGACCAUGUGUCUGGAACUGAUGAAUAACAUGGCCGAAACUGACGUACAGACUGCAACUAUUUUCUUCCGCCAAUUCUACAUCCCCAUUCUCCAGGAUGUUUUCUUCGUUGUUACGGACAGCGAUCACAAGGCUGGAUUUAAAUCUCAGGCUAUGCUUUUGUCCCGCAUGUUCUACUUUAUUGAAUCUCAAAAGAUUUCUGAGCCUAUUUACACUCCCGACCAGGCCCCCGCUGGCACUUCGAACAAGGAUUUCCUUCAGCAAUAUGUCGCCAAUUUGCUACAGAAUGCAUUCAAGAACCUACAAGAGGUACAAAUUCAACAAUUUGUGAUUGGCAUUUUCGCCUACACUGAUGACCUUAACAAGUUCAAGACUCAUCUGCGUGACUUCCUCAUCUCGUUGAAGGAGUUCUCUGAUGACAAUGCUGAACUCUAUGCCGAAGAACGGGAGCAGGCCGUCCGAGAUGCACAGACUGCCGAGAGGAGCCGCGCUAUGAAGGUCGGAGGUUUGCUGAAGCCAUCAGAGAUGGAUCAAGAAGACGAGCUUUGA